AUGGUACAUGAAGUCAGUCGCUCAUGGCGUGUCACCUAUCGAGAACGCCUCAAGAUGUCAAUCACUACUAUUCCUAUGAGCGCUGCCAUUGAACAAGACGCAAGAACCUUGUACAACUAUCACCGCCUGAAUAUGCCUAUCCUGCAAUCCGCAGAAGCCAUUUUCACCCUCUGCAGCUUCGACCUGCGUGUUGCGCACCGCGCCGUGGACCUCUGGGGCAAGGGGCAGUAUUUGAUAUUUUCGGGUGGUUACGGCAGGCAUACCGUGAAUCGUUUCUCCAAGACAGAAGCGGAAGUCUUCGCAGACAUUGCAUUGAUGAGGGGCGUCCCGAAAGACAGGGUAAUUAUGGAGAAGGAGUCCACAAAUACGGGCGAGAAUGUCCGUUUCACAUACAACUUGCUCAAGACAAUGGGACUGAGUCUGAAGAAGCUGCUACUCGUACAGUCAUCAUACAUGGAGAGGAGGACAUAUUCAACUUUCAGAAAACAGUGGCCCGACGAAGCAGUCCUAUUCAGUGUCACAUCGCCCCAGCUCGACUUUGACGAAUACCCGUGUCAGGCUAUCUCGAGGACCUUGUUCGUCACCGCCAUGGUUGAGACCCUUCUACGCAUCAAGGACUAUCCGGAGAGGGGAUUCCAAACUUCGCAAGACAUUCCGGGUAAGGUAUGGAAGGCAGGAAAGAGGUUGAUUGCAGCAGGUUACAACGCAGACAGUGACAUCUGUUGA